GCGAGGGUUGGCGGUUUGCACCGUUUCGAUAUGUUCCCUUUGCUUCCCGAUUCAGGUCACAUGACCAAGGUCGGGUGGUAUACAUCACGUGAUUACAGUCUCAGAGCGGUUUAGCGCUCAAAAUCCACUUUACGCGGUCUCAUCGCGUCUCUGCGCGUGACUGCGAUGCCACCCUAGCUCCACUCAACAAAUCGUGUCGCUACACCUUCGGAUCAGCUUUGAGCUUGUGAAAUGUGUCGAAAGCUGAUGAAUUAUUGAUUUAAUCUACUUGCGGAUCCUUCAGGCGGUUUCGGGCGCCUACGUGCGUGCCACAAUCGCUGCUCGGAAACGUACUGGCUCACGGCGAGCCCUCGGCGACAGCUCACCAUGGCGGGGAUGGAGUCGAUUUAUUCCGCCACCUACAGCAGUGUCCCGGUGUAUGAGUUCAAGAUCGAUGGUGACAGUGUGAUGCGACGGAGAGCAGAUGACUGGAUCAACGCAACUCAUAUCCUGAAGGCUGCAGGCUUUGAUAAGCCUGCAAGAACUCGAAUCCUCGAACGUGAAGUGCAGAAGGGUGUACAUGAGAAAGUGCAAGGUGGUUACGGAAAAUACCAGGGAACAUGGAUCCCACUUCCAGAUGGUCGCAUGCUUGCGGAGCGAAACAACAUCUUCACUAAAAUUGCUCCUAUCUUCGAGUAUGUCGCUGGAGAUCGCAGUCCUCCCCCAGCUCCGAAACACACUUCCGCUUCUUCGAAACCUCGAGCCCCCCGCAAAUCUACCAACCGCACUGCGGCGCCUGUAGCGCCUGCGGAAGUUUUCAAUGUCGUGCAGCCUCAACGGAGCAUGGGCCCUCCAAGUCUGCCGCAUGAGCAAUAUGAGAUGAGUGCUGGGUUCGAUGACAACGAGUCAAUCGAGCAGGCAACCAUUGAAUCGUCCUCGAUGGUUGCAGAUGAAGACAUGAUUCAUAUGUCACAGCAUACGGGCCGUAAGCGCAAGCGAGGGGUGAAUGAGGCCGCCGUUAUGUCCAUUACUGAGCAGGAACAUAUCAUCUAUGGUGACCAGCUCCUAGACUAUUUCAUGACAGUAGGCGAUGCCUCUCAGGCGACACGUAUUCAGCCUCCUGAGCCCCCCGCCCACUUCCAAGUUGACCGUCCGAUCGACGAUUCGGGCAACACAGCCCUGCACUGGGCUUGCUCAAUGGGUGACUUGGAGAUUAUUCAAGACCUCCUUCGCCGAGGGGCCGAUGUCAAGGCUCUGUCGGUGCACGAGGAAACCCCUUUGGUUCGAGCUGUUUUGUUCACCAACAACUAUGAGAAGCGAACAUUCCCUGCGGUGCUAGAUUUGCUUUUGGACACCAUCUCCUUUCGAGACUGGUUUGGGGCGACCUUGUUUCACCACAUUGCGGAGACCACCAGAAGUAAGGGCAAGUGGAAGAGUUCAAAGUAUUACUGCGAGGUUACCCUUGAUAAGCUGUGCAAAUCAUGUUCGCAGGACGAAAUUGAUCUCCUGUUGUCUUGCCAGGACGACAAUGGCGACACUGCUGCCUUGGUGGCUGCACGCAAUGGUGCUUUUCGUCUGGUUAAUAUGCUCCUCACCCACUGUCCUCGUGCUGGCGACCUCAUGAACAAGAAGGGAGAGACUGCCACCAGCAUUAUCCAACGCUUCAGUCAACGCUCACAACACACAGACCACGACAUUCCACCAGCCCCAUCAUCCGUCACCAUGGCCAAUGAUCACGCUGACGGUCUCGGAGGCAAUCUGAUGCCUUCAGACCAUCAAGCCAUCGCUCCGCCUGUGGACUCCGCAGUCACAUCGGAACUUCUCUCAAAGAUCGGAGCUAUUAUGUCUGAAGCUAACAAGAAACUCGCCGUCACUUACGGCAACUCCAAGCUCAACCAGCAAGACUCCAACGACGUCGCGAACCCGGAAGCCCUCUACGAGCAAUUAGAGUCUGACCGCCAGAAGAUCCAGAAACAAGUGGCUACACUCACCGUCAACGAGACGGAGUACGAGCCUAGCGAGAUCCAGCUCGGCCGAUACGAGAAGGUACGGAGCAACUACGAAUCUCUUCUCGAGCAAUUGCAAUACGCCCGCCUUUCAUCACAGUUGAACCAUGGAGUCCCCUUCGAGAAUCCGAAGGCCGAGCCAUCUUCUCUCGGCCAGGAGGAACUGGUGGAACGUUUCAACCUGGCUCGCUCUCUGGUCGCAGCCCAAAAGACGCGUCGUAACGCAGUCAAAGAUCUCGCGCAGCAAACUGCUGAUGCCGGCGUGAGUACCAAGGUCGAUGUUCACCGAAGGCUCGUGGCCCUGGCAACCGGUGUAAAGGAAGAGGAGCUUGAUCCGAUGGCAGCAGAGCUGGCUGAGACUCUCGAGUUCGAUCGCAUGAAUGGCAAAGGCCCGUCUCCCGAGCUGGACAGUAAACAGCUGCCACCUCACAAUGAUGCGGUCACCAUCCCUCCUCGACUCGGUGCUCCAGUCAUGGAUGCCUAAUUGAUCACGAUCGUUAGCGUCUCGCACCCUAUCUCCUGUAUUCGUAACGACUUCCUUUAUGGUUUUCUUUUUGACUUCUGGCAUACCACUGUCUCCCUGCUAGAGAGCCAAUGGCUCCGUGGCCAGCAGAUACCCCAAUGUUUCCUUUCCGUGUCGUGUUCAUGUUCUUUCUUUUUCUCCCUAUCCUCCGGACCACACCUUUCGUUGGCGGACAGCAUCUGUACCACUUCUGGAAUGACUGCAUAUUAUUUGACUCGCACAACUCGUCGGUGAUGGCUGCUACUUCCCUACGAAGGGGGGUUUUUUCUCGUCUGUAUAGACAAUUGUUUGUGUACAUAGGAAACCAAUCAACUACUGUGUGUGAGUGGCCAUGUUCGUCCAAAUACAUUCUGUAAUUUG